GAAAUCGAAGGUGGCUACCUAUUGAUUGAGAGCACCGGGGGCUGAGCCCCCGUCUCCUCCUUCCACGUCAGACAGGAUAAAAGUAUGGUUGGGAUGGACCAAAGGCAGUAGAUCCUUUGGGCAGGUUGAGAACCAGCUGAUACUUGAACACUUCUUUGGGACAGUUGCUUCAUUGUCAUGGACAGGACUGUCUCUGUGAACUACUGGCUGGGACUGCUAGCCUUCCUGCUCCUACAAGGGGUAGUCAGUGUGGAGGGCAGAAGCAUCUUCAACCCUGGAAACCAUGUGUAUCAGCCAAGGGAAGGCACAGAUGGCCAGAACAAGAUUCUAGCAUUUCUACUACAUAAAAGCUUAGAACCUGUUGAAAGAAAUUACGCUUUAGGUUUACAUUUGGACAACAAACUAGCAGAGUUGGAGGAGCUAGAGGCUUUGAAGGAGGGCUUGGAGCUGGAGAGGGAGCUCUCAUCCAGCGUAUUAGCAGAGGACAAGUCCAUACCGAGGAAAAGGGAUUGUUUCUGGAAGUACUGUGUAUGACAGCCUAAGGGAGAGAAACUCUACUGAGUCCUGGUGCAUCACCCUAACCCUCCAAAGCCUUAAGACUCAACACGCUCACAGACAUCAACACAACUCCCCAUUUCCAUCACCAACUAUUGAAAUGUUGUAACAUAACUAAUGCACUCAUCGCACAUUGUACUGCUGAAGUCGUCAUGACUCGGGCCUACUAGCAUGACUAGGGUAUACUAGCAUGACUAGGGCAUACUAGCAUUUCUCUAAGACGGAGAGUGUUGUUGUCUUAACCAAAGAUCUGCUGGCAAAGGCCUUGGUCCAUAAAGUUUCCAUACCCAGAGGAACCGCCCUCUUCUCAAAACGUUGACUUUGUCUUCCCCUAGUGGUAAAUGGGGGCAGUGGUGCAAUUCAUUUUACUUUCCAUAGUCAAAUAUUAUAAAGUAUUGCUUUUUGAAUGUGUUACUGUUUCCUACAUUGAAUAAAUAAUAUAUUAUCAUGCUAA